AUGCACAGAGUUGGGACCUAUUUAGCAGAGGACAGCUGCUUUAUAAAACACCACUCUCAAAAUGACGAUGCUCUUGUCAGCACAAUUGCCGGCCCCCACGAUUUCGAAAAGACCGGGGUAAACAUCCUGGACCGUCCAGCCGCUGGGGAACUGGUGACUGUGGCUAAGGUUCAAUCUGAGACCCAUGGACCCCCCUUCUUGAACGAGAAGGGAGACGGGGGCCCUGAGGAACCUCACCGGCCCAGAAGCUUGAAUUCUGACCGAUCGACGGUCAGCGACUAUGAUGAUGCGGAUGAUUUCCCCGAGGGGGGUCUGAGGGCCUGGACUGUUGUUGUUGGGGCCUUCUGUGGCUCCUUCUCAGUUUUUGGGAUCAUCAACAGCACAGGCGUCCUGUUGGCAUACUUCAAGGAUCACCAGCUGAAGGACUACAGCACAAGCCAAAUAGGAUGGAUCUUCGGCCUCUCACUCUUCCUGACCUUCUUCUGUGGAGCGCCAGUCGGGCCAAUCUUUGAUGCCUAUGGCCCUAGGGCCUUGGUGUUUGCUGGGAGCAUCCUUCUACUCGCUUCAAUGUUCCUUCUAGGAGUUUGUACCAAAUACUGGCACUUCUUCCUCGUUUACAGUGUCUUGAACGGCAUUGGGGGCUGCCUGAUCAACACCCCCUGCAUCGCCUCCAUAGGGCACUUCUUCCUGAAGAAACGCGGAAAUGCUACGGGGAUCGCCAUGACGUCCGGCUCCAUCGGCGGCAUCAUCUUUCCGCUCAUGCUGGAGAGGCUCUUCCCCAUGGUAGGGUUUGCAUGGGCAACACGUAUUCUGGGAUUCAUCCUUCUCUUCCUGCUUGUGCUCACCAAUCUCCUACUCCGGAGCCGCCUACCCCGCAAGCCCAUAGAAAGUCUCCGAAGCGUGUCCCCUGAUCUCACGGUCUUCAAAGACAUCCCCUUCGCACUAGUGGCCCUGGGAAUCUUCCUAAUGGAAUGGGGUCUUUUCGUCCCCCUGACCUACAUCACCUCCUACGUCGUAGCCUACGGCCACAGCACUUCCUUCAGCUUCUCCAUCCUCGCCGUCUUCAACGCUGGCUCCUUCUUUGGUCGGUUUUUUGCCGGCCUAGUCGCCGACAUGAUAGGCCGGAUGAAUACGCUGAUCCUCAGCAUCGGCUUAUGCGUCGUCGGCUGCUUCGCGCUGUGGCUCCCCGCCAGCGGCUCCAUGGCUAUGAUCAUCGUCUUCUCGGUCAUCUUCGGCUUCGUCAGCGGCAGCAACCUGAGUCUAAGCCCCGUGUGCGUCGGCCAGAUGUGCAAGACGGAGAACUACGGCCGCUACUACGCUACCUGCUGGAUGUUCGUCGCGUUCGGUACUCUAACCGCGCUCCCGAUCGCGGGACAGGUCUUGAUCGCUACUGAGUACAACUAUUGGGGCGUCAUCGUCUUUGCGGGCAUAUCUUAUACCGCGGCUGGGCUUUGCCUCAUCGCUGCUAGGGUCCUGGCCGUGGGAUGGAAGGUUACUACCGUCUACUGA